AUGUGUUUGUGGACCAUUGAUCAUUAUUUAUUUAUUUAUUUUUGUCGGGAGGAAUUUCUUGGAGUUGGCCUGCGAUGUUUUUUUUUGUUGCUUGGGGAGAUGGGACCCUUUUUUUUUUUUUUUUUUUUUGCUCGUCCCUCUGCUCUCGGCUCAUUUCUUCCUCUGUCUUUGCUGCCUGCUUCUCCCCUGCAGUGUUUUGGCCGUGACAAAGAGCAAAUGGAUUCCGCCAGGAAGUUGCAGAAGUCAUCGUCCCAUGGGAACUCGGGGCGGAACCCGCGGGGCCGUCCCUCAACGCAUGUGGAGCAGAAUAGACAGUACGAAUUUCGACUCACGCGUGCAGAUGUGGAGGCGGCAUUUGCGUUUUUUGAUGUACAGAACAAAAAGGAUUUAAAACCACGCGACCUGAAGGCGCGCCUCACUGCCUUUUACCCUAACAUGACAAACAAAGAGCUGAAAUUCCUCCUGGAGUCUGCGGAUGGCAACUUUACGGUGGAGACGCUAUGGGGCAUCAUUGAUAACUACCAUGCGAUGUACACAUCAACAGUGACGGCGGAGACUUUGACUUUUGAUCCUGUGAAGGAGGCGUUUAAAAUUUACGACCCGCAAGGUCGCGGUGUUGUGGACGUGGAGGUGUUGGCGGAUAUCAUGAAGCGCAUUGGGUUGGGUGAGCUCUCGCAGGAGGAGUUAGAGCUGUUGAUCCAAACUGCCGACUUUGAUAAGGACGGGAAUAUCAGCCUUGAGGACUUCCGCAAUCUUUUGAAAAUUGGCAGGUAG